AUGAAGCCUCCUCGCUCCGUCACCACUCUGAGCACGAUCGCCAUCCAGGCCGGACAAUCCCUGUUGGUGGUCUCUGUCCUCCAGAGUGGGUCUCUGGUCCAUCUACAGCUGGUCCAGGUUCAUCCAGGUCUCUGUGAGAUCGGAUCGAACCAGGAAGAAAACCAGACUCUGAUCCAGGAACAACAGCUGCUCAUGGAGAAGCUCAAGAAACAUGAGGGGGAAGUUCUCGCUGUGGUGGAAAAACAACAGCAGACUGAGACGAAGAAGCAGGAGGAAGAGGGGGAAGUGCACAGGGCCAUGGUGGCCUCUCUGACUGAGGGGUGGUCGCUGCUCCUCGGCCUGCUGCACAGACGACGGGAAGUCCUGACGCUGGCCGCAGACUUUUACCGGCGAGCUGCGGAGUUUGCUGUCAGUCUGGACCGGGUGGAGGAUCUACAGUCCAGACCAGACAGACUGACUGAGGUGCAGCUCACAUACGACUCCACGAGGAGAGAUCUUCUGGGGAAAUCUCUGCAGGUUUUAACCAGCAGCAGCUUUCUGCUGCAGAAACUCAGACGGCUGCAGAGGACCGAGGACCUCCAGAGGAGAGGAGGAGGACUUUCCCAGUGCAGCGGGGGGGCAGCCCGGAGGCUGGAGGAGCUGGUGGAGGCGCUGCAGGAUCGCAGGAGGACGGCGGACCAGGCCGCCAGUCUGCAGCUCCAACAGGCAAAGAACGGCAUCAUGGGCCGCAGGAAGGACCCCGAGGACUGCAAGAUCCUGGACCAAGACCUGCUAUCUGGAUCCACAUCACCAGAGAACGCAGAAUCCAGAACACAACAAACCGCAGACCUGCAACCUGGAUCCAGAUCUGAUGUGAGGCCUGGAUCCAGAUCAGACCUCAAGUCAGAUUCUAAAUCAGAGGAGACCAGAGACCUUCAGCCUGGAUGUCAAUCAGACCAGACACAGGGAUCCAGACCAGAUGUGAGGCCUGGAUCCAGAUCAGAUACGAGGCCUGGAUCCAGAUCAAAGGAGACCAGUUACUUUGAGUCAGGCUCCAAAUUAUGUCUAAAACCUGAAUCCAAAUCAGACGUGCAAUCUGGAUCCAGAUUAGAUCUGCAGCCUGGAUUUAGAUUAGAAACCAGAAUGUUUGAGUCAGGGUCUAGAUUAGAGUUAAAGUCUGGAUCUAAACCAGAAGCCACCAAAAACCUGCAGUCUGGAUGUAAAUCAAACCUGAUGGUUGAUUCUAAAUCAGAGGAGACCAGAGACCUGAAGGCUGGAUCCAGAUCAGACUUGCAAUUUGGAUCCAGAUCAGAGGAGACCAUUGAGCUCCAGUCAGGGUUGAAACCAGACGUGAAGAUAGGCUUGAGAUCAGAUCUGGAACCUGCAUCCAGAUCAGGGAUGAAUUUGGAGACCAUUGAGCUCCAGUCAGGAUCAGACCUGCAGCCUGGAUCUGGAUUGGAUGGGAAGCAUGAAUCCGGAUCAGAGGAGACCAGAGACCAGCAGUCUGGAUCCAGCGUGCAGGCGGCAGAGCAGCAGGGCAUGCUGGGAAAGGAGACUCCUGGAGGAGAAGGCCACGCCCACCAAACGCUCCCGACCAAUCGGAGGCUCCAACUGCUGUCGUCAUGUGACCAGCUGGAGGUCAAGGUGACUCCUCCCUCUUCACUUCAUCAGGUCAGCAGUUUGUUGUCUAACAGCUCUGAAGCAGGACGACAGCUUUCUGAGGCCGAACACACUCUGAACACACACCUGCAGCUGUGUACACAAGCUGAGUCUGCAGGUCAGGAUGUAGAGAACAUGAAGCAGAUCCUGGAUCAGACCCGGUCCCAGCCUCCCAGAGGGACCAGCAGACAGCUGUCCCCUCUGCAGGCCCUGACAGAGAAGCUGAAGAGUGGCGGACCGACCAGAACUGGGCUCAGCCCUCCCUCUGCCGACCCGACCGGUCCACAGAGUCCUGAACUCUCCGGUCGAGUGAAUCUGGUCUCAAAUGAGCUGCAGGUCCUGAACAAGAGGAUCGACUCAAACCUGCAGCUGCUGCAACCCUUCGUCUCUUUCCUCCGGACGGCCGAGCAGGUGGAGAAGGAGAUGGAAGAACUCAGGGAAGUCUACAGGAAGAGACUGGAGGAAGAGGAGGAAGAGGAAGAGGAAGCUGGUAGUUUCUGGAAGAAGAAGCAGCAAUUGGACACCUGCUGGCAGGAAACGCUCCAGAAGAUCUCCACCUGUCAGGAACUGGGAGACCACUACGUCCAGACUGUCUCUACGGUACCCGGGGAGUUGAACCUCCAGUCGCUGAUGUCCGUAGUGCAGCAGACGGUGGAGCGACUCGGCAGAAUCAAACAGGAAGUGAACGUGCUGCGGAGUCAGCAACCGAUCCAGGUCCAGCUGCAGUACUGCAGGAAAUACCAGGAGAGACUGCACAAGACCCUGCAGGACUUGAACUGUGUCUCUGAGAUGCUGGACUCUUGCACUCUGAUAGAUCUGGGUUCAGCCCUGCAGACCUCCCGGCUGCUGGAGCACUUCAGCCAGGCCAGACCACAUUUUACCCGUCUAGACACCGAGGUGGAGUUCGUGGUGAAGACCUGGGAGACUCUGAGCGGCGUCCAGGACCGGCUUGAGGUGGAGGAGUCGAAGGGGGUGAAGGAGGAGGAUCUGUCCGAGCUGCUGAAGCUCCAGGAGAGAGUGAAGAAGAAGAUCCAUCAGUGCGAGUGGAUCCUGGAGCUGAGCAGCAGCUUCCACCUCACAGACAAACAGCUGGAGGCGCUGCUCAAGUCGGAACCUGUAACUGGGUCCACUGGGUCCACCGGUUCCAGUGGACCCAUUGAUGGCGAUCAGAGACUCCGAGAGAAACAGAUCCAGAAUCUGUUUGAAACGGCUUCAACACUGAGGACAGACAUCUGCUCCGCCCUCACCCACAGUGGUUGGACGUGUUUUGGAGUGGAGCAGCUGGAGACUCGUCUCGUCUGUCUGGACUCUCUUUGUGUCUCGUCUCUCAAUGAAGAGACUCGUCGUCAGGACAAGCUGCUGACCCGCCUCCUCAACGAUGACAUUACCCAGCUUCGUGACUCCUUCAAAGAGCUGAAGAAGCGAUUCAGCAACCUGAGGUUCAACUUCCUGAAGAGAAACGACAGGACGAGGAACACCAAGGCUGCCAGGAACCAGCUGCAGCAGGUGGACCUGUACGAGGAGAAGCUGCAGGUGCUCAGGAAACGUCUGCAGGGAGUGGCGGCCCGGCUGGGGUCAGAGGUCAAGGACGGGGGUGUGGCCAGGGAAGCGGAGGACGCCGUCAACGAGCUGCAGAGACAGAUGGGAGAGUUUGAGCGAAGUGUUAACGAACACCAGAAGACUUUGGAGAUGACGUGCCGACUGCAGCAAGCCAUGGAGGAGUAUCAGUUCUGGUGUGCGGACGCCAGCGCGACAAUCGCUCGCGUCGGGAAGUUUUCCUCCGAGUGUCGCAGCACAGAAGCCGUCUCGGUUCUCUACCGGCAGUUUGAGAAGUUCGUCUGGCCGACGGUUCCUCAGCAGGAGGAGAGGAUCAGUCAGAUCAGUGAGCUGGCUGUCCGGCUGCACGGGGUGGAGGAGGGGCGGCGCUACACGGAGAAGACGAUCAGUAAACACGCCGACAUGAUGGAGGCCAUCAGAGAGCUGAGUGACGGACUGAUGGAGCUGGAGAACAAACUCAAGCUGGAGAGUCUCAAUCAGCAGAACGAAGAAGAAGAGAUACAGGAAGGGGAAGAGAAAGAGAGGAAGAUGAAGGAAAACAGAAAGAUGAAGAAGGAGCAGACUGGCAACCGCUGCUCACAGGAGGCGGACAUGUACGAGCUGAAGGAGACAGGCCACACCCCCGAACUGACCACCGAGCAUGAUGGGAAGGAGGUUCCCGUGAAGAGGCAGAGCGCAGCCAAUAGGAAGCCUCCAUUACAGAAGAGCCGCAGUCAGGAGGCAGAUAGCCGACAACAGUCUCACAGCGAGAAGCUCACCUCCUCCUACCGCGCCUCCGACUCCUUCAGCCUCUCCUGCUACCUAGUGGAGUCCAACCGACGGGUCCACACCAUACACAGCCAAUCACAGCCUGCCACCACUUACCCUCAGGCCACGCCCCCUCCCUCUGUGAUUGGCCCAAUGUUCUCUGACAUCCAGAGGGAGUUUCAGAAGAAGGAGAAGCGAGUGGUCUCGAACAUGUCACUGCUUCAGGAUGGAUCUGCAGGGAACCUGUCUGAGGCGCAGCUCCAGCAACAGGAAGUGAUGUCGGACGAUUCUCUCUCCAAUGAUGAAUACGAUUGUGCGUCACCUGACGACAUUUCCCUGCCUCCACUGGCAGAGACACCAGAGUCCAACAUGGUCCAGUCGGACGUUGAGGAGGGCUUCUGUUUUAGUUCCCACAGCGUCCACAUCAGCCACUCCAGCCACCAGUCAGAGCACAGUAGUACUGGUACCUCUACUGGAGCAUUCCGACAGCACAGAGAGUCCAGCCAGACAGAGAGCUGUCCAACUCCUCCAACCAGCCGGCACAGCAGCACCAGGUUCAGUACGUUUGUCCAGAGUCCGCUGACUGUUCCUGCUCAGAGUCUGCUCACCAGCACUCUGUGCAGCAUCCUGGAGACUGGAAAGACCAGCACAGCCAAUGCCCCCCAGAGUAAUGACCUCUCCCUCAGCGUCCCUGAACCCGGCUUCCCUUUUGGAUCACACCCAGUCCAGGAGAGCAACCCUCCAGACAGUUGUUCCAACAAGGACCACAAUGUCCCUGAGAAGAGGAGCCCCUCACACAAUGAUCCCUUAUUAAAGGAGCACCACAGUCAGUACAAUCCUCCUCAGAUGAGUCCAGGUAACCAGGGUAAGAUCACCCAACAUGUGGCAUCCAACGGGAAGACCUCACCACAGGCUGAUCCCAUUGCCCAGGUUGCAGAGCUCAAUCACAGCACCACACUCCCCCGGUCCAGCUGUUGUCCUCAGCCCUUUGAUGGUCCUGACCGUGAUCUCCACAAAGACAACACCCCUUCACAAGACACUGGGUUCCUCAAAUGCAGAACCACUUUUCCUCAAAACUUCUGUGACUCUGACAGUGACCUCCAUCAGGACAUUGAUUUUUCCAGAACGAGCAAAGAAACAUCCACAGUCUCCAAACCUCAAAGGGAAGUUCUCACCAACAGCAGCACAGUUACACAGAAGACCAUUUUCUUCCAGUCCUCCCCUUCAGACAGUCAUUGCCCCUCACUUCAGAGUGAGACCUUGCCACAGAUCGAUCCGAUCCCCCAGCCUCUCUCAGACCCUUUUCUCCACAAAGACAGGACCCUUGGGCUCCUCAAAUCUUGUGUACCUUGCCUCUCAACAACCCCAACCCUCCCUCAGGAUGGAACUGUCUCCCAGUUAAACCUGGAUUCCAGGAGUGGCCUUGAUCAGGAUGUAUCUUCCUCCCAAACCAGCAAAGAGACCUCCUCAGUCUUCACGCCCCAAAGCAGCAGCUUAACCACAGCCACGACUGUCAAACAAACCGUCUUCUGCCAGACCUCCCCUCCAAACAGUCAUUGCACCUUGACACGGACUAACAUUAAUCUCAGGUCCCAACAAGAAAGCCCCUUCUCCCAGAGUAGUGGAGGUCUACCUGAGGUCCAUGCCCCCGUUCUUCCAGAGCCAAACAGCAUCAGCAACACCAGUUUAUCCAGCAGUAAUAGAUUCAGCAGCGAGCAGAGCCACCAGACAGUCUACUCAUUCCAUGAGUCCUUGACCUCCAGCUGUACCCAACAGUGUGUGCAUGACCCUGGCAUGACCCCCAGCAGCCCCAUCAAGCCUGCUGCACCUCCUUCACCCGAACCACAGAACCAGGCUUUGGCUCCGCAGGCUAAUCCGCAUGUCACCCCCCUUUCCUCUCCACCGCAUCUACUAACUCCAGACCAAGACCCAAAUAUUUGUCAGCCCAUGGCCAUCUGUGAGGAGAUCAGGCUUACUCCUCAGAUCCAAGGGCUUCCCCUUCCUGCUCCUCCUCCUCCCCCUCCCCAGGCCCAGGCUGAAUCUCUUUCCCAGGGAAAAUCCUCUAAACCCUGCCCUCCCUGCUUCACCAGGCCCCUGUCUAGAGCUACCGUCAUGGAGGGCUCUCCGGUGACGCUAGAGGUGGAGGUGACCGGACACCCAGAGCCCAGGCUCACCUGGUGUAAAGAUGGAGAGGCGCCGCUUCCCUGUGAGGACGGGAAACACUUCCUGUUCAUCCCCGAGGCGUCAGAUGGCAGGUUGAACCAGCCGGUUGACGAUGAUGAAGAUGAUGAUGAUGAUGAGUGGCUGCUUGCUCAGGUGUUUGACAUCAUCAGUGUGGACUGGCACACCUGGUUCGGUAUGCUGUGUGUUCUGCUGUGGCUGAUCUACCUGAUUCUACUCUGAGGAAGUCAUCAUGUGUCUGUAGUCCAACAGGAAGUCAUC